CCAAUAGACACCUAAAGCGUGACUUGCCCGUGUGUUUGAGUGAGAGUGUGUGUGUAUGCGCAUAUGUCCGUGCGUGCGCGCGUGUGUGCCACACACACUUGCAUUCGCUCACAACAUGGCGAUGAAGCGCCGAGAGACACGACGGCUCUCUCCCAACUAAAUGCGACCCUGUUCUGAGUGAAAGCAGGGGACUGUGUCAAAGGGAUAUACAUGAACUAAUAGCCAACUUCAGAGAGGGGAUUAUUGCGGAUUGCAUUAUAUGUAUAUACAUUGCUAGCGGUAUAGCUGGCUGUAGAGACCCACACGCUGCUUCAGCCCUCUGCUGGAAAUCAAUGCUUUACAUGGCGGUGGAGACUAUCUGGGUUUUCUAUUUACUUUCGUUGGGCUUCUGUGGACCAUCCGCUCAAGAGAAGCCUGUGACGGUGGAGCUGAGCUGUGGUGCGGGGCCUGUCCUCGUGGUGCUCGAGCCGGGACAGCCUCUGCUGCUGGACUGUCACCUGGGGGCCACGCCCCUGGACACGCCCCUCAACGUCACCUGGCUGCAGAAUGGGCUCCCCGUACUGGAGGGGGAGGGGGACUCCCUCAGGACCCUGGCCAACGGCUCACUGCUGGUGCUGCCCACCUCUGUGGAUGGCCGGACGCCUCAAGGGGUGGAGGGGGGCUACAGCUGUGUGAGCGCCGGCCCUUUUGGAGCUCUGACCAGCCGCACCAUCACCGCUCACCUGGCCACGCUGUCUCGUUUCCAUCAGGACCCAGAGGCCCAGGUGGUGCCCGUGGGGGGUGCUUCCCGCUUUGAGUGCCAGAUAGACGGAGUGCCCACGCCAAGGAUAACCUGGGAGAAGGACCAGGAACCCAUCCCCAGCCAGCUUAGGUUCAUCUCUCUCCCUAACGGUGUGCUCCAGAUCUUGGGGACAGUUAAGGAGGAUGGGGGUGCGUACCGCUGUGUGGCCUCCAACUCGGCCCGGAAACGCUUCAGCCAAGAUGCCAUCCUCACUGUCACUACGGGUCCUGGCCCUGCCCAAAAUGAGGUAGUGAUCGUGGCACCUCCCCAGAAUGCCACGGUGGUGCAGGGGCGUCCAGCGGUGAUGGAAUGCAUGGCCCAGGGGGGGCAGCCCAAACCCCUGGUGUCCUGGAGCAGACAGGACGGGAAGCCCAUCGCCACCGACGUGGUUGUCCUGGAAACCAACCUGGUGAUCCCCAACACACGGCGUUACCAUGCGGGGGUCUACGUCUGCCGUGCCAACAAACCCAAGACCCGCGAGUUUGUCAUAGCUGCAGCUGAACUGCACGUGCCAGCCCCACCAGUAAUCCUCCAGCCCCCAGAGACUGUGUCUCUCUCUCGGGGAAACACAGCCAGGUUUGUGUGUAACAGCUCUGGGGAGCCUCCCCCGGUGCUGCACUGGCUGAAGAAUGGCAAGCCGGUCAAGUCUAACGGACGGGUGAAGACCCAGAGCCCUGGGGUGCUGCUCAUCAACCAGCUGGGCCUGGACGACACAGGGUACUACCAGUGCAUCGCUGACAACGCCCUGGGGACGGCCUGCGCCACAGCCAAGCUGUCUGUCAUUGUGAGAGAGGGUCUACCCAGCCCACCACACCAGCUCUCUGCCACGCCCCAAACAAGCACCACCGCCCUCCUCACCUGGGAACGGCCCGAACACAACAGUGACCAGAUUAUAGGCUUCUCUGUGCACUACCAGCCCACUUCAGGCUCUGAUCACAUGGAAUACCAGUUUGCUGUGAACAACGACACCACAGAGUACCAUGUGAAGGAGCUACUGCCACACACAGCCUAUACCUUCUACGUGGUGGCCUACUCCCCCAUGGGAGCCAGCCGGCCGUCACGGCCCGUCACCGUGGAGAUGCUGGAGGACGUACCCAGUGCCCCUCCACAGCUGUCCCUGCUCAGCACCUCCCCUACAGACAUCAGAGUGAUGUGGCUGCCCCUGUCCUCCCAGCACAGCAGAGGAGCUGUCACCCGCUAUCGCAUCGACUACUCCACACUGGAACAGGUGGACAACGUGUUUUCUGUGGAGGUGGGGGGGAAUGAGACUCAGCUUACCUUGCGGGAGCUGCAGCCUAACCAGGCCUAUCGGCUGCGGAUGGCGGCAGGAACGGGAGCAGGUUUUGGUGUGCCGUCAGAGUGGAACCAGCACCACACCCCAGCCCACUUUAACCACAGCAUGGUGAUCUUUGCUCCCACAGAGCUGAAGGUUAGGGCCAAAAUGAACUCCCUCCAUGUCACAUGGCAGCCUCCGCCCAAUCACACGCAGAUCUCCGGCUACAAGCUCUUUUGCAGGGAGGUGGUUGGUGAGGAGCUGACCAAUGGGGAGGCUCAUCCUGAGAGGGUGAGGAGGAUGGAGGCCCACACCAUCAAGCUCCGCAAGAGGGUCAAACAUCAUGAGGUCUCUAGUCUGGUCCCUGACAGACUAUAUGAAGUGAAGGUGUGGGCCUUCAAUAAGCAGACGGAUGGCUAUGCUGCAGGAUGGAAGGGCAGGACGGAGAAGGCACAUGGCAAAGCGCCCCCUAAGGGGAACCCCCCUCCCCUGCCCCCCAGCAGCAUCAAGGCUACAGCCAACAGCUCCACAUCCAUCUGGCUGCGCUGGGAGAAACCUCGCUUCAGCAACGUCCGCAUCAUCAACUACACCGUACGCUGCAGCCCGGCGGGCAUCAGAAACGCAUCGCUUGUUUCCUACUACACCAGCUCUGCUCAGGAGAUCCUCUUGGGGGCGCUAAAACCCUACACCCGCUAUGAGCUGGCUGUGCAGUCCAAUGGAGGAGACGUGGUUGGUCCCUUCAGCGGCACCGUGGAGGAGUCCACUCUCACUGACAUACCCUCCACCCCCCCAGCAGAGCUGCAGCUCAGUGCCUUGGACUCCUCCUCUGUGUUGGUGAACUGGCACCCGCCUGUGGAGCCCAAUGGCAUCAUCAUCAGCUACAGGAUCCUAUACACCAUCAACCUCAGCCAGCCUGAGCACCUGUGGAACAACCUCUCCCAAGAUGGGACCAUCAUGAGUGCUGAGGUAGCAGGGCUGUCUAGUGGGACACGAUACUUCUUUAAGAUGAGGGCAUCCACUGAGGUGGGGGUGGGGCCUUACUCCCCAGUGAAGGAUGUGCACACUCCUCCCAGGAAAUAUGAGCUGGACAUCCAUGCAGUGACUGGCAUCAUAGUUGGUGUGUGUCUGGGGCUGCUCAGCAUGCUCCUUUGUAUGUGUGUCAGCUUCCGCAACGGCAAGGCCAGAGAGGUGUCUGGAGGGCUGGACUCCACUGCUCUGCCCCCACAGUACCAUCAUGGGUGUCGGUCUGUGCCCACCAUGGUGCCAGAAUGCAGUGAUUGCCAUGAGCUAGAGACCCUGAUGCCCCUGGGCAGCCUGGACCAUGAACAUUACUGCGCCCAGCCCCUCACAGAGCCCACUGAGGAGCACAGCCUCAUGGGUAAUGUAGGAAUAGGGGACGAAGCCCUAGGAGCUGAGGUCAUGGCUGCUUGGAAUGGGUCAGUUAGUCGUAACUGGGCCAACCGGAUCACCAAAUACAGGGAUACCAUCACAGAGGACUCUCUAACGCUCAACAAUGGAACUUUGGACAUGGCCACCAUAGAGAAUGGCAAGGGCAACCCUGAGGACCAACUGGACUCCUCCCUGUGCAGUAGUAACCAGGUGGAGGCAGAGGUAGUAGUUCACUCUGAGCUGAACGACCUGGAGAAGGAGCAGCAGGAGGCGCAGAGUGACACGGAAGAGGACUCUCAGGCCACCAGGGGGCCUUCACUGUCCGAGGCAGCUUACUCCCCAGUCAGACAGCCUGCCCAGGCCCCUUUACACCCAAAGGGGACACAACAUCCAGGGGAGCCAGUGAGACAGCCUGCCCAGGCACCACAUCUUCCAGAGGAGCCAGUCAGACAGCCUGCCCAGGCACCACAACACCCAGGGGAGCCAGUCAGUCAGGCUGCCCAGGCACCACAACGUCUAUCACCAGGGGAGGAGUCCCUACAGACACAACCCCUGCCCAAGGUCCCAUCCGGCCCUGUCCUGGAGCCAGUGUCCAAUCACAAUGGGCAGCCAGAGGGCAUUGUUGAGGGCAUGGUGGGCGUGGCAGCGCAGCUGACUGUAGAUGUGGGGCGGCACCCGGAAAUGGGGCUCACCAACGGCUUCCACUCUACCAAGCCCCUGCGGCCAGGGCAGGAGACCCUGGGGAACAGGGACUCCAGACACUGCCCCCUCCCCCGCCCCCUCUCCUUUUGUCAGCGCCGGCCUUGUCCACUCUAACUCAGCAGUGCACAGCUACCUGUGCCCUUAGCAAGAGGAACAAACCCCCACACAAAGACCAACUGGACUUCUUUCUUUUUCUCAUUCAUUAUGAAUCAAAUGUUUUGUUUUUUAAAGCACCUCAGUAUCUGAUUUUCUUCUUCCUGGCUCAGUUUUAUAGGUACUUUGAAUCCAUUGUUUUAUAUGUGUAUAUAUACAGUAUAUAUUUUUUAGCGCUAGUAUGUAUGGGUAUUCAUUUUGUUGCAUAGCAGCAGUAUGUUGUCUGGCCUUAAUCUGUAAUUUGCUACAGGCUCCUAUUACAGACGUACGAUGACGGAAUCAUAGUGUAGAAAGCAGGAUAUUCCUUUUUUCAUAAGUCUUGACCUGUUGGACUCUUAGAAUGAGUGUGGGUGUGUGGUACUUCAAGACCUACCUUUGGUCAGCUGAUGAUGGUGGAGAGGCUCUUGAUUCAGCAACCACGAUGAAGAUAGAGCAGAACCGUGACCAUGUGGCCCUUUCACUCUCACUCUGGCUCCUUUCAAAUGACUGAGCUGUUCCUAUUGGCUGUUCCACUGUAUGGAUGCUGCCUGCCCCAGCCCCAGGAAUGAAGCCUUAUAUUUAGACACAGUGCAGACCUGUCUCUCUCUCUCUCUCUCUCCAACCUCCUGCUGUCUCAGGAUCCACACACACAUUCCCUGAAUGGAGCUUGGGGGUCUCAGGUGCCUAAUAUUUUAGGAGCAUUUUUAACCUCUGUAUAUUUAUAUAGAUGAUUAUAUUCAAUAAAAAUAGGACAAAUA